AUGGAAGUUCGCUCAACAGUGUUCCACUCCGAUGCCACAGCGUGCAAAGAGUUCAAAAAUUGCCACGUCGUCCACCUUAACGUCACACAUACAAAUUGGAGCUCAGCCAGUGACCAAGUCACACAGAUCGAUACAAAAGCUGAGAGAUCGUGGGAGAAGCGACCAACGCACUUAUUCACGCGCCGCCUUUACAGCCGUAGCAGCGCAGAACCCGUAUUGACUGGACAAGGAAACAACGGCAGGUUCUGCUUCACUAUGAUCUUCACUGGGACAAAGUCACCUUACCAUACUUUGGGCUUUCAUAUUGACAGAUCCAGGACUCAAUUUCCCCGUGGACAAGGAACACUUCAUACCGCAACGUCGCGUGUGUGCACCAUGCUUGUGACACGAUCGCCGAAAGCAGCCGAUGGACCUCAUGGUUUGCCUACCGUAUACGUUUUGCAGUGCGCAGUCAUCAGAUAA